AUGGCGAACGCCACUGCUCCCUCCAUGAACGCGAUGGUGGAUACCAUCACCGACGCAGUUGAGACCGCAAUCGCCCGCAGCAACGCCCCCAGUGGCCCUCCCCGCUUCAUGCUGCAGAGCGCCGUCCGCCGGGCACUGCGCGACAUCAAUGAACAUCGCACCCCGCUUCGCCGCUCCAAUGGAGUUCUCACGGCAGACAGCGCUCGACGUUCGUCGCCGCGCACUCCAUCGCUGCAGUUCGCCCUAGGCACUGGCCCGACGCAUGGCGCGGCCAUGUUCGUCAGGCGCCUGGGCGCUCCGCCGUCGUUGCUGCCAAGACCCCCGACGCCUCACCCGUCAGCUCUGCCGAGACCGUCACCGUCGAUGACGAUGAUGCUGCCACCGGUGUCGUCCGCAGUCGCUGCACCAUGGAACGAAGGAGGUGGAACCAUGGCUGGACGCCGAGGCACUCCUCUGGCCUCCAACAGCAACGCCGGGGCGGAGGCUUGGCCUCCGGGAUUCGCAUACGACCUUGACGUCGCACUCCCGCCCCCGCCCCCGCUGCCUCGUGGCUCCUCCUACACUGACGCGGCGGCAAAUCGGCUGCGCAGGGGCGCCCUUCCGCCGGGAACGGCUCUUGGCACCGGAUUCGCUUCUUCCCCGACCCCGGGGGAGGCGGCUCCGCACCUCUGA